AUGGAUGCUGACUUGAGCAACGUGCUGAGAGACCAGUACUUGGAUCUGUCCCAGUCGGUGAGCAGGAAUGCUCACACCAACAAGUUUGGGAUCAGUCACUGCUUGAGCACGAGCAGUUUGAUUUAUUCUUUUGCGAGGGACUCCGUCCUAACGGGCAGAGAGCUCAUGCUGAUUCAGGGGCAGCCGAAAACUUUGUCCCUUCCCGAUCUGUCCGAGUCUGUGAUUGGCCAGCUUGCGGGCGAAGGAAUGGCCUUGCCCUGCCUGGCAUCUGUCAUCUGGUGCAUUUACUUGACAAAGCAAUUUCCAAUGGACGAAGAUGGUCUGGACGCACUGAGUGCGCGCUCCAAACCUGAGUCCAGCAGGGCAUCGAAGCGUCUGAAGCGGAAAGAUGCGAACGAGAACGGCUGGAGAAGCGAAUUCAGCCAUUGCUGUGCCGUGCACUUUGGUGACGAGGAGAGCAAUGUCGAGCGCCCCGCCAAUGUCCUGGACAGGCAAGUGCAGGGCUACGAGAGCUACAUCGAGUUUGCCCUCCUCUCCGAUGCUGAGUUCCUCGAGCUUGCUGACCUGCCGGAAAAGACGAAGAUAUCCUCAGCUGCCCAUAAGAUGGUGAACCUUCCCAACUGUUUUGGUGAAGACCAAAGCUUCCGCCUCGUCUCCCUCAAGGGCAUGGAUCUUGGCACCAUCUUUUCGGUGCAGAAGGUGAAGUUCUAUUGCAAUGUUGGCUUGUCCAUGGAUGAGCUGCUCUUGCAAGCAUCACGGCAGCUGCAAGAAGACCAUGCCGCACGGAUCUUCGCAGCAGCCGCCAAGGAGCAAAAGGACACAGCAAUGCCCUUCACCGCCGCGCAGAGGAAGAACCUUCAAGAGAUCCACACUGUCGAGUCCUUGAAAGCAAAGCUUGUGAAGGAUGCGGCUCGCACAGGUGCUGACCUGCUGAAACCUGUGGAGACUGAUCCCCCAGAGGCUGCCUCGGACGAUGACAUGGAGGACGAUGCAACGGUGGGGAAGAAAGCAGUUGUGAAGGGCCUCUCCAGUCGCCUGCAGAAAGCGGUGGAGGAGCAGACGAUGGCGAAGGGCAAGCAGCCGAAGCGCAAGGUCGGCAAGCAGCCGGACAAGAAGCAGAAGGAGGACGAUGCCGAUGAGUCGACUGCCAUCGACAGCGGCUCAUUGGAGCACCCGAGUGGGCUCGAGGAAGUUGCGGAAAGCAUGCAAUCGAUCCCGAAAUGCUUCCGAUCGCUGUCCAUCCCUCGCAUACUUGCAGGUGAGAAACUGAUGAGAUCCGUGGAUGCUGCCAAAAGCGUGGCGGAUACACUCAAAAAGGAGAAGAACUAUUCGUACCGGUUUCCCGAGCGGGUUAUAUCGGCUUGUGAAUGUGCCAACGCUCUCUCUCAGAACUUGCCAGCUCUCUCCAGGCGUGACGUCCAGCUUUCCGUCAACUCCUUGAUCCAGCAAGGACACACGCUUCCGCUUGAGCUCCAGCUGCAGAUCAACAAGCGCAUCUUCGGCUUCCUCAUCGAUGACUUGGUGGAAGUCAUGAAAAUGAGGAGCGACGAGAAGGCCAAGAAGCUGGAGCCGCUGAUGUCGCAGCUCAUGGACUUCAUGUGCUGUUGGAAAUGUGCGCCCGACCAAAGCUGGAGCUUCACGAACCCAGGCUUUGCUGUGGUCGCUGGAGAGCUGCAAAGCACGAUGCAGGACGACUGUGUCGACCUGUCGAGUGUGCUCAACGAGGAGAAGAUUGCGGAGAGGGCCCUCAAGAACGAGGCAUCGACUUCAUAG